CGGGAAAGCAAAGCCUCGAAUCAGACAGGUCCUCCACCUAAUUGCCCUAAGGUUAGCGGCAGCAGAGGCACAUCUUAUUCCACGACAUCAAAUGAACGUGCAUUAGUUUGCUCGUCCAACAUCGGAUCUUAUCCACACGAAGGAGCGGCAAACCUGAGCCUCAUGGACCUUAAAGAGCUUACCAGACCCAGAUCAUACCAUGCCCUACUGGUCGGUAUCGACUGCUAUGGCGAGAAACCUCUCCAAGGCGCUGUGAACGAUGCUAAAGCAAUCAAUGCCUACCUCAAAAAGCGACGUCACCAAGUCCAGAUACGAAUGCUGACCGCAACGACGCGGGAGGGUUCGGAUGCAACCACUCCAGCGGAGGAUCCUGGGAUGUGGCCGACCUAUGAGAACGUAACGGCCGCCCUGGAUGAUAUUACGGCCCGGGCAGCUCCAGGCGACUGUGCCUAUGUCCACUUCUCGGGACACGGCACGCGCAUGGAUGCGACGAGAGCGUUCGCGAACGAGGCGACGGGAGAAUUAGCACUGAAUCUUCUCACCUCUGACGGACGCGGUAUUCGCUACCUACGAGGCGAGGAGUUCGCCGCUUCCCUGAAAGGCAUCGUGGCAAAGGGUGUGCUGGUCACGGUGAUCCUCGAUUGUUGUUUUUCCGGCAGUGUCUUGCGUCGUGACCACGACCUCACCGUUCGAGAGCUCAGCUACGAUCCGACGAUCGACCAACGAUACCCAGCCGGUGCCGCCCUCUAUAUCGACCUAGCGUCUAACUCGAGAUUGUCGGUUUGUCGGGACGUGGUCUCCUUACCCAACUGGCUCAUCGAUCCCGAAGGUUAUACCAUCAUGACUGCAUGCGGCCCCAGCGAACUUGCGCGCGAAGAUGUCCUGGAUGGUAAGGAGAAGCACGGAAUCUUGUCAUGCUUGCUCCUACAGACCCUGGUUAUGUGGGAGGGAACGCAUGCUCCGCAACUGGACAUAUACCGCUGCAUCUGUGCUAAGUUCAAGGAGCGCUGGCCGCGACAAAACCCUAUGCUUUUUGGGAAUAGGAGCCUCAGCUUCUUUGCGGGCUACGACAAUCCCGCCCACGACCCACACACUUUUGUUAUCUCGAGUGCAGGGGCCGGAAUUCGACUGCAGGUCGGCAUGGCGCAUGGCGUCACCGAGGGGGAUCUGUUCUCCCUGUUCUCGACUCACCCCGCGACAGGGACCAGCGUAGCAACAGACGAUGUACCUGCCCGCGUCAGAACGGCCGGCAAGUUGACGUCAACCUUGGAAUUUCCAGAUGCCAUCGCCGACAACAGCGUGCAGAGCAUUCGGACAGGCUGGGGCGCGAGGCAAAUAACGCGAAACCUUCUCCGCAAGUUCCCCAUACGGCUGGCCCCUGAUUUGAAGUUCCUCGCGGACGUAUCCGCAGCUCUACAAUCUCGCGGCUCCCUAAAUGCCCAAGUUUCCAACCUUGGCACAGAAGAUUACUCGUUUCUAGUGAAAAUGGACACGGAUGAGAACUACAUCAUCCUAGAUGGGCGUGAUCAGCCAUUGUCAAACAUCCCCAUCAUCUCGGCCCAUAUGGAAGAAGGGAUACCGCACUUGUUAGCCAUUUUGGAACAUUUGACUAAAUUCAAACUGGUCAAAGAACUCGUCAACAACAGCUUGUUUCACAAUUCGUUCGUGGCACAGCUUUUCACGCCUUCGGGUGAAUUCAAUGCCGACGAUGUGGUUCACGUCACCACCGGCGACCAGAUGGCCUUCAAGGUGCAGAAUAAGGGUGAUCGGACAAUUUACAUUCACAUAUACGACAUGGGGCCGCGCUGGAAUAUCCAGAACAUAGUCUCCCACGAGUAUCAUGUCCUGCCUCCGCGAAAGCCCCUCGAGGGAUACCCGGGAACGCUGAGAACAAAGUUCCGGAUGAAGCUUCCUCCCGAGCUGGAGGAGGCUGGCCACGAGGUUUGCGAAGAUGUCUUCAAAGUAUUUAUCACGACUCGGCAGACUUCGUUUCUAUCGCUCGAGCUGCCGAGGCUCGGGCAGUCAGUGCCCGAGCUGAAGGAGUUGUCGCACUCUCGCGUAUCAUCGGGCAAUAUCGAGGAUGACAUGACAGAAGACUGGGCAGCGCUAGCGUUCACAGUUUGGAUAAGUGCUAAAUAAGACUGCGGCAGCGAGCUCCUUCAAUAUGAAGUUGUUGAGGCAAAACUAUCAUGCUGCAGUAUUCGCGCUAUACCGCAUCAUAUUAGCGCUGGAGGCGCGGAUUAGGGGGCGGCUUAAGGAAAGCUAUAAAGGUAAUACUAUGAUAUAUAGACACCGCGCUAAUAGUGCAGUAAUAAGACUACGAUUUAGGGUAAAUAUUAUAACGGGGCUAUAUAAGGAAGUAGAGU